CAGAGACAAAUCAAAGAGAUUGAUUGUGAUUUGUGAAAGCCAAAGAAAAAAAAAGUUGAAAAAAAAAAAUCCAAGCUUUGGUGAGAUAAGGGGAACGAUUUGUGCAGCAGAGACAUGGUGUUCCGGGGCGACACGGUGAUGUCCGUAGCUCAUUUAUCGGCUGAGAUUUUUCAGCGACUACGCUUGAUUCGGCCGUCGGAUCGAAUCAGCAGCGGCGAGAUGUUACAGCUCGUUUGCUGUUUCCCGCUUCAGCAAUUGGGUCGGUUCGUAUUUUGGUUCUGGAACUAUAUCUGUGUUCCACCUCCAGAGAUUUUGUAUUUUGAUGGUGGUCGUGAUGAUGAUGAUGACGAUGAUGAUGGUUAUGGAUCAUCUUCUUCUUCUUCGAUUGUUACUCAUCACAAUUACUACCAUCUUCAUUUGGAGUGACCAAAUUUUCGAAUUUUUCUGAUUUGUUAAUUGUAAAGGUCUUUUUAAAAAAAAAAUAUUGUAUAUAGAAAGUUCAUGUUUUGAUUAUUGGGUUUGUGGGAUAUAAUCUGAGUGUGUUCUGUUUAAUCCACGUUUAUAGAAUCAGAGAAGAUAUUGAGCAUUUGGGGUGAUGCAUAUAUAGUUUUAGCUUUCAUCAUCUUAAGGGAGUCAAAGACUCAAAGGAGCUUGCUUUGAUCUAAUACUUUGUCCAAAUCUAGCUGAGUAGCUCUUUGAUUGAUGGACAUUAUCUAGUACAAUUCUAGUUUAUUCUGUUUUAGGGAAUAUGGGAUAAUUUGUUUGACCUGGGAAUGUUUAAAUAGUGGGAUUAGGAGGGUCGAGUUUAAGGAUUUGUAAUUAGGAGGAUGAAGAUUAAGGAUUUGGAGCUCAUAAUGAUGAAUUUUUUUUUGCUAGAAUCUGAGUCUUUUGUUGUUGAUAAAUUAUAUUUGUGAAGGACCUAUAAGGUUACAGGGCAUAAUACUUAGAUGUGAUGAUCUGUUAUGCAUAUUCUCAUGUUAUCAGAAACUGGUUUGGAUGAUCAAAGUUCAAGUACUUUCUUCGUCUUGUGUGAUUGUAUAAGAUCAUUUUGUCGCUAUGGUGGGGAGAGUUUCCCUGUUACAUAUUGCUCAACCAAAACGACGUAAGCUCUUGGGGUUAAAGCAAGAUUUGGAGAAGUUUUCUGGAAUCCAAGUCAAGAUUAUGUUUGUCCUUAUUUCUUUGGAGAAAAAUCUGUCUGUAAUUAGAAUAGUAGAAUGUAAAAGUGUAUAAGGUUUCCGAGUCUUCUUCCAAUGUAUUUAAAUUAGAAUUACAUUUUGGCUCUUACUAAAUAAUCUUCUUUAGUUAAAAAUU